CGAAUUUCGAGUCAUUCACACUCCAUCACACCUUCAAUGGCUACUAAAAAGUUCGCAGGGCCUUCACCAUACAAUCUGAACCAACCGGGACCGCCUGAUGUCGACAUACUUUUUAAAGAGUACAUGCAAAAUGUAGCUGCCGAUGUAAGUGUUAGAGAACGAAAAGAUCCAGUUAUUGGUGCGGUAUUCGGUCUGGGUCGAGCUGGUGCCAUCCACAUGGCAAACCUAAACCGAAAUCCACGGAUUCACAUAAAGUAUAUCGUGGACGAUCACGAACAUAGGUUUGACGAGCUUAAGAUAUUUUGGUCUUUGAGUGAAGACGUUACAUUCCUCACACCGAACGAAAGCGACAGAGUAUACAGUGACAACUCUGUGAAUACAGCGUUUAUUUUCACACCAACUAAAACACAUUACGAAAUUAUAACGCAGUGCCUUACAAAUGGCAUGGACGUGUUUUGCGAAAAACCAAUUACUGAAACUGUCGAAGAGAGCAAACAAUGCUACGAGCUUGCGCAAGCUAAAGGGCGUACUUUGUUUGCUGCUUUCAUGCGUCGUUUCGAACCAUCUUACAUUGACCUGAAGAAACGGAUUCGCAAAGGUGAAAUUGGUCAUAUCCAAGUUGUUAAAGGGACCACAAGAGACUCACCUCUACCCCCCAUUGAAUACAUAAAGACCUCAGGUGGAAUAUUCUUUGAUUUGACCGUCCAUGACAUCGAUUUAACUUUGUGGUUGUUGGGAGAAGUGCCCACAAGUGUGCGAGUAUCUGCGAGUGCUAUUUUAGACGAAUACAAAGCUGUCGAUGAUUAUGACACCGUCGCUACUGUUCUUACUUUCCCCUCUGGAACUAUUGCUUUGAUCGAUACUAGCCGAUGCAGUUGUUAUGGUUUUGAUCAACGUAUUGAACUAUAUGGAAACAAAGGUAUGAUUAAGGUUGAUAAUCCGAGACCAUUACACUCUACAGAAUACGUAGUUGGACUAGAGGGUGUUAAGUACAACCCAAUCUACUAUUCCUUCCCCUCUAGACAUCACAUUGCAUACAAAAUUGAAUUGGAAAACUUCUUAGAUGUUGUACAAUAUGACGCGCCAUUAGAAGUGAAAAGUUGGCAGGUGUUAGCCGUUAGUAAAGUGGUUAAAGCUGCUGAAAAGAGUGCAAGAACUGGUGAGACUGUGCAUAUCGACUGGAGCACAGAUGAUAUACCAGAAGAAUAUUCGUAAACUUAUUGAUAUGCAAAGGGGAAAGAUCUAAAUAUUUCUUAUAUCCGUUAAGCUCAAACCAACUAAACUGAUUUUAAAAUUGUUCCAACAGUAGAAUGCUCUAUUAGAAGCGGGUAUAUAAUAUAAUAUAGGUUAUAUUAUAUUUAAAGCUGAAAAAAGUAGACCCCUAUAUACACAAGUAUUAAAAUUUGUUUAAAAAGUACUUGUUUUUUUUUAAUGUUAAAAGUUAUGAAUUUUUGUAAUAAUUUUGCAAAAUCACCUCGACUCGUGGUUCGUCUUUACAAAUACACCGCAUUUUAACACACUUGUCGUUUGAACUGGUUUGUUGUUAUUGUUCAGCCGCUGUGACACCCUCGGAAAUAAUACGCAACAACGGCGAUGAAACCAAAUUUCAUUUCAUAGUAUUAUGUCCUAUGGUAGAUUGUUAUGGGGCAGUGCAGCCGAUAUUAAUACCAUCUAUGUGUUGCAGAAAAGGGAUAUUCGCACUAUUUGUAACCUAGGUCCUAAAGAAUCAUUAAAAUAAAAAUGUAAAGAAGUAAACAUUUUUACUGUUGCUUCUCAAUUUAUUGUUGAUAAUAUUCUAUAUGUUCAUAAGCAUAUUGAGGAAUUUACUAGAAAGUGUGACAAUCAUAAUGUUAACACGAGGAACACACAUAAACCUAUUAUGCUACUACUCGGUUGAGUCGAGUUAGUAAGGCUUUUAUUGGGCUAUGUAUAUUUUACAAUAUGAUCUUAUUCCAGAAAAUAUACAAAACAAAUGUAUUGCGAAAUUUAAAAGAAUUGUUAAAAAACGUUUGUGUGGGAAAGGUUACUAUAACAUAAACGAUUUUCUUAAUGAUAAUGAUAUGAGAAUGAAGCGAACACUCUCAUGCUCCUUAAUUAUGAAUGUUUAUUGUACGAUAAUACAUUGUAAUCCAUAUUUUUAUAAAAAAAAAGAAAGCCCGCUGAGUUUCUUGCGCCCGUUCUUCUCAGGUCUGAGGCAGUCUAGUUUGAAUGGAUAGUUUUUGACGUUCAAUAACAGAUUUUGAAUCUUAUUUUGAAUUUGAAUCUAUUUGGUAAUUCAACACAGUAAAAUCAUGUUGCUUUUGUUACUAUUCCAACAUACUUUUGUCACGGACUAGUAAAAACAUAAGGACUCCGUGUCACUUUACAUAAAAGUGUAGCACCAAAACAAGCCGAUUAAUGUGUAGAUACAUAGCCCCACGCACACACUUACACUACUACAGGCCUACAGGCCGAUAGGCGGCCAUAAUGAUAAUUGUCAUCGUCUGUGACAGAUCAGUUUGCGUCGCAAUAAAAUAUUUUAAAAAUGCCGUCGUGGGUUGUGUAAAACCAAUACUAUAUUAGUAUUUGUGGCCAUUUGAUUAUUUAAGGGAGAAAAAUUGUGUAACUAGUAUCCCCCGUAACCGCACACACACACUAGCAUAUAGGUACUUCAUUUGCUAAUAUCACGGCACGGAGUCCUUUUUUUAACUCGUCCGUGACUUUAGUAUGUAAAAUAUUAAAAAUUAUUUUAAUUUAAUUUAAUAAUUGGUUCAUUUUAUCAUACAUAUUGAACCUCUCGUCGAAGUGAUAGUUCACCAGUUUUAUAUAUAGACGACCUGUUUACUGAGUGGUUAGCGACCCUACUAAGCUAGAGUUCCCGGGUUCGAAUCCCGGUAGGUGCAAGUAUUUAUAUGAUGAAUAUGGAUGUUUGUUUCCGAGUCAUGAAUGUUUAAAUGUAUUUAUGUAUCUUUAUAUGUAUGUUUAUAUGAAUUUAUGUAUGUUUAAGUAAGUAUAUUGUAUUAAAUAUAUCGUGGUCUUGUAUCCCAUAACACAGGCUAUAUAUGCUUAACUUGGGGCUAGAUAAUUUGUGUAAAAAGUGUGUCAAUAUUAUAUUAUUAUAUAAUAUAUUAAAUAUACAUGUAAACAUUAAUAAAAUAAAAUUAAAUAUU